AUGCCUAACGGCCGUUCAGCCGUGCAACAAGAACAAGUAAGACGUAGUGGAUGUGUAAUGGGCUUGAGAGGUUCAUCGUGCUUGAUGGAGGAACGUGACAAAUUCAAUGAAAAAAGUAAGGAACACCACGAUAUACGAGUUGAAUUUUAUGAUAAAGAAGAUGCAAAUAAUUCUACUCCGACCAAGUCGCAGCAUUUGCUGAAGGGCGUUCACAAUGAAAGGAUCAAGACGAAUGGAAUAGAAAGCUCGAGGAAAGCAUCAAAUUGCAAUAGCAGUAAGAAGAAAUGUUGGUCGGCUAACAAGCGUAAUGAACUAGCUGCAACAUCAUCGAGCAGGAAGCGCUCAAAAACGCCAGCCAAUAACGUGUAUUCAUCCGAUGAAGACGACGCAACUGAUGAGUGUGGUAGUGGGAAACCGAGAAAGUUUUACAUGGUUACUAAUGGUAAUCGUCCUUCCGAAUUGUUCCGAACAGAUCUGAAUCAUUUCAAAAGAGAUGAUGACUCAUCAUCGGAUGAAGAUGCGCCUUCUAUGAAAAUUACUGAUCGCUGGAAAGAGGGAUGGACCCAUGUCCAGGUACCGAUAGCAGAAAAAUGGCCUGAAUUUAUAGUCAACAACGAACCAUCUUCAUCUUCAUCUGUCGAACCUCGCAGGAUCCCAUUUCAGAGCACAAAUAAACGGAUCGCAGUACACGAUGCGCGAUACGUUGACGAUCAGUUCAGCCGUGUUACAAUGCGACCGCUGAUAUCGUAUCAGUGCGAUCGCUUGGAUCAGAUCUAUUUGAAUAAUCUUAACGUGCGGAGGAACUCUAUGGGAUUACCACCUAUCGAGUUGAUAGUGUUUGCCGAAAUCAUUGAUCGUUUCGAGGUGAAAACCUACAAGGCAAUUCAUCACGACUUAUUGGCGCCCCUGACCUGUCCUACUCCAAUGCAAGCUGAACUCGACGAAGAUGCCUAUUGUGAUAUUUGUCGACAGACCGAUUACGAGGAUGAUGAUGAGAUAAUAUUCUGUGACGGAUGUAACCUGGGUGUGCAUCAAUCAUGUUAUGGAUUGGAUUCGGUACCUAAAGACGAAUGGCUUUGCAACGCGUGUACUCUUCUCGGAUAUAAGGCUCAACCACGUUGCGUUUUGUGUCCGUUGCUAGGCGGUGCGUUAAAAUGUAUGAAAGGAGGUGAAACAUGGGCACAUGUUGUUUGUGCACUUUGGAUACCUGAAGUUCGUUUUGGUGACGUGGAUCAUCGUGAACCAAUCAACAACGUGUCUGACGUGCCCAGUGAGCGAUGGACGCUAAAAUGUUCUGUUUGCGAUACGAAGCAAGGUGCUUGUAUUCAGUGCUCGGUCAAGUCAUGCACUACCGCGUUUCAUGUUACUUGUGCACUUCGUAAUGAACAAGAAAUGAGAAUAGAGCACGAUUCAACUAUGGAUGAUGGUGUUCGCAUGGUGAGUUUAUGUGGAAAACAUACUCAAGAGAUGCAUGGUCAUGACGAUCACGAGGCAACGCGAAGAGGUGCAAGCCCUAGGCGAGCCGUCAAAUACGCAAAACCGCGCGAGGAAUUACGUCGCAUGGAGGAAAUGUUUUUCCUGUAUGUCUCACCAGAGGAGAUCUCGAAGGAUACAGGAGUGGAUUUAGAAAUUGUUGACGAUGUUUACGAGUAUUGGAAAAUGAAGCGAAUAGAAAAUGGAAAUAAAACAUUACUGGAGGACGUCAAUGAAGUUGACUUCCUUAUAACAUCAGAGCAAGAAUUCAGUUAUCAUGGCAAUUCAUCGGUUCUAUCAAUGAGAGUACAAAACGAGACAAAAAUGAGACAAAAUCUGGAGAAGGCACGUAAUUUGUGCUAUAUGACUACUAAACGAGAGAAACAUAAACGAGAAAGCAUUGGGUAUUUAAUGGAUGCAUACAAAUUGGUGAAAAGUGCUUUGGAUAGCACGGAAGUACCGUUAAGUUCGCGAACGCUUGAUCGUUAUUGUGAAGCAUUAUCUGCGUUCGAUUCACUCACCGCACUCGACAUUCCUUCACUCCCUCACAGCCAGCAAUCCUCACCGGUCAUCAUCGCAUCGGUCGAUCGACAAAAAUUUUGCUCUAGUAAAACGGAGACUCAACAUACGUCAAAAUCGCAAAAGGUUGAUAAGAUGAUAUUGACGCGUCAAUGCGUUGCUCCGAAUGCCUUCAAACAAAUCCAUACGAUAUCUUCAACUUGUCCAGAACGUACUCUCAAAAGAACCGCUUCGUCACAUUCUGAAAAACGUGUAUCAUCUCCACCAUCUGCAUCCAGCGAAUCGCAAAACUUCUCAUCUAAGUUCCUUUCAUCACAUCGAAAAGCGUCUGAAGGCGAAAGCAAUGAGUCUGCUAAACGUUCAAAUACGUUUUUGGAACGGAAUCGCUGCAUUUUACCUCUAUCGAAUAUGUCACCAUCAAGUGCCAACGACUCAAAAUCGUCCGUUCUGAAAUUGAACGCGAAUAAAAUUCGUGAACGGAACGGUCCUGAUUCACCGAGAAGAUUACCUUCACAACGUGUAUCAGCCAUUAAGGCUAAUAUUUCCUUGGAUCUGUCCGCUCAAUUCCCACAUCUCUCUGUACGGUCACUAUUCAAUUAA